AUGGCGAACAAAUUUGGAUUAGGUUCUUUACCUUUAGAUACUAAAAAACCUAACACUACAGCUUGGGUAAAUAGAGCAAAACUUUACUUUGUGGAUCAAAUUGGAGACACUCUUCAAGGUGAUUUAGAUAUGAACAAUUUCAAAAUAACUAAUUUAAAGUCUGCAGAAAAUGAUAAUGGUGCUGUUCACAAGAAUUGUAUAUGGUAUCAAAUAAAUUCAAUUGAGCAGGAAUUAAAUGAUCUGGAAACUAAACUUAACCGUGAAUUACAAAAAGAACUAACAAAUAUUAAACAACAAAUACAAAAUAUUGAUGAUAGCGAAAUUAAAUCCUAUAUUCAACAACAAAUACAAAACAUUGAUGAUAGCGAAAUCAACACCUAUAUUCAACAACAAAUACAAAACAUUGAUGAUAGUGAAAUUAAAACCUAUAUUCAGCAACAAAUACAAAACAUUGAUGAUAGCGAAAUCAAAACCUAUAUUCAUCAACAAAUACAGAACAUUGAUGAUAGUGAAAUUAAAACCUAUAUUCAUCAACAAAUACAAAACAUUGAUGAUAGUGAAAUUAAAACCUAUAUUCAACAACAAAUACAAAAUAUUGAUGAUAGUGAAAUUAAAACCUAUAUUCAGCAACAAAUACAGAACAUUGAUGAUAGCGAAAUCAACACCUAUAUUCAACAACAAAUACAAAAUAUUGAUGAUAGUGAAAUUAAAUCCUAUAUUCAACAACAAAUACAAAAUAUUGAUGAUAGCGAAAUCAACACCUAUAUUCAACAACAAAUACAAAAUAUUGAUGAUAGUGUUAUUCAACAACAGAUAACCACUAUUAAUAACGAAGUUUUAAAACAGGAAAAAAAUAUAGCCGCAUUAGAAAAGAAUCUCAAGGAAGAAAAUAAAUCAUAUUAUUUCAAUCUUCCAUUUGUAAAUUUGAUAGAUAAAGAUGCUUCUAUUACUACUAAUAUUGACAAAUCAAAAGAGUAUGAAUUGAAAAAAUAUGGAUUUACAGCAAAUAUAAGAGCAUUUUCUGUUACAGAUAUUGGUUAUCCCCUACAAAUUUUUGAUGGUGGAUAUAAUCAUCCAUCACAUUUUUUUUUCGAGGAAAAAUUCUAA